AUCAACUCUUGUUGUUUUCCAUCAGCGGGAGUUCUUUGCAGUCGUCAGUCCAGUUUGUCCACUCAAAAGCGAAAGUAUUUUAGUUUGUUAGUCAUGCCUGCGAAUGCACAGAUUCUUCUUUGGUGUCUGCUUCCAUUGACGACCCUCGCUCAAAUUUCAGAUGGAAGAUUGAACGUCACAUGCCUGGCAUCAGAAGAUUGUGUGCUCCCGUGUCGAUUCUCCUCUGAUGGCCGUGGUGCUCGCGUCAUGUGGUACAGGCAAAAGGCGGUGGUGAGCUGCACACGUUACGGCAACACCAGCUGGGUGGUCGGCCACAACUCGCCGGCCGACAAGUACAAAGGCAGGACGGACCUGUACGCAGACCAGGUCCUGGAGGGCAACGCCACGCUGGUGCUGAGGAACGUCACUCCGCGAGACGAGGACAAAUACGUCUGCAUCACCUUCACAGAGCCGGAGACCAUUAAAUCCGGCGUUAUCACCGUGACGGUGAAAGCUCCCGUCAGGAAGGUCCACAUGGAGUUCCGUGACGAGGCGGUCUACUGUCGAGCAGAAGGCAUAUACCCGCCGCCCACGCUGACCUGGUCCGUCGAGCCGCCCAGUGAAGCCAAACUCUUCUACAACAAAACCAAGAUGGAGGAAGGCCGUCUGGGCCUCUUCGACAUCGAGAGCGCCGUGCAGAUGAAGGCGGCCGACACCAGCAACAUGAACAUGACUUUCAUUUGUGAAGUCGCCAGCGAGGAAUUGUCUAAAAGAGCACACCUGAAGGUGGAAGACGCCAUCAUCACACCCGCUGGCGACAACGUCAAAGUGCCCUGCACUCUACCUCUCAAAGAACUCGACAACUUCGGCCUCACCUGGAGGGUCCGACGCUCUGAGCCCGUCCCCAGCGUCAAAGACCUCUGGAAGAUCCAGAAGAUGGACACACGUUCGGUAUGGCGCCAUAUGAUGCUGCCCAGCGUGGAAUCGGUGCAUCAGGGCACGUACACCUGCGAGGUGCAAACACCUGAUGUAACGUACUUCACUCAGACGGACGUCAAUGUGAUCUCAGAUAAUCUUCCGCCAUGGUGGUUUUACAUCGGAUUGCUGGCCUUCCUCCUGAGUCUGUCCUACUGCGUCGUAGGAUGUCUGUCCAGUAAAAGGUGGCGCUCACCCAAAAAAGAGGACAAAGAAGAGGACACCACAAAUUAACAUCUCCCAACACAUUUUAACUCAUGUUAUUGUUGCUUAUGCUAAAACUUCUCUUUGCAGCUGUAAAUAAAACUUUGUCAUGCAUUUAUACAACGUGUUUCAUGUUUUAACUCAACAUAAGUAC